AUGGAGACUCCCACAAAAGAGGCUUCCCCGGCCUUACAGCCCAUACCUCAAAUGCAGGGAGAUACACCCGCUCCUUCCGUGUUGGAAGGUGCGGAAACACCUAUAGCUGGACCAUCGUCUACACCCGUACCAGCAACUAUUAAACGGACUUAUACCAAGAAAUCAAAGGCAAAAGUCGAAGGUCUUAUGGCAUAUACAUCAGCCUUCGUACCGGGGAUGUACAAUAUCAAAAUCCCUGCUGGAGAUUACCUGCAGAAGGAAAGGAAUGUAGAUGUAGCUCGACAAAUCAGUGUGGCGAGAGCUAAACAGGAGAAGGUAGAUAUAGAAGAGGAGAAACAGAGGAAGAUAGCUGAAGGAGUUGAAGUGCCAGAAGUAAAUCCACUAAAUUACACUUUGAUUAUCCAUCCGGGAUCGAGAAAUCUACGCAUAGGUAGAGCAUCCGAUUUUUACCCCAAAGAAAUCCCAAAUUGUAUUGCACGACCUAUCAAGGCUAUAAACAGAGGGUAUGAUCCUCCUGUUCCUGGAAGUAGAGCUAAGAGAAUUGCCGAGCGUGCUUUGGAGAAAAGACAAAAUAAGAAGAGGAAAAAUGAUAAUGAGGAGGAUGUACAUAUGAACGGGAAUGGUGAUAGAAAUGGUCAUGGUCAAGAUGAAAGUGAUGAAGAUGAUGGAGAAGGAGAGUGGAUCGAUCCUGUGGAUACGAACAUAGGUCACCUGAGAGAAUACCUCCGACAUCGUUUGGUUCAAGAGAGAUUGGCAACAGAUUGGAAGGAAGGUACAAGAGUGAAAGCUACCAAUGCUAAAGUGAAACCUGAAAAUUUACCAGAACACAAUGAUCCAUAUAGAAUAGAUUGGACAGAAUCAGAUAACAGACCUUUCUACAUCGGUACAGAAGCUUUACGAUUACCUGAAAAGGCAGGAUACAAAGUCAGAUAUCCAAUCUUACAGCGUAACUUCAAUAAUCGAGAUUGGAGUUCAUCACAACUACUCUUAGAUGAUAUUUCCACCAUAAUACAGGAAUCACUUAGAACGGAAUUGGGGAUAACACCAAAGGAUUAUCCUAAAUACUCUGUAGUGUUCAUUAUACCUGAUCAUGGGGAUAGGGUUUAUGUGCAGGAAAUGACCAAUCUUUUCUUGACGUCAAUGGCAUUCAAGGAGGUUGCCGUGCAUCAGGAAGCAUAUUGUGCGAUAUUCAGUGCGGGGAUGUCAUCAGCUUGUGUAGUGGAUGUUGGUGCUCAGUCGACUUCGGUGACACUCGUGGAUGAGGGUCUGCUCAAUGCAGAUACCAGGAUCAAGCUUAACUACGGAGGUGAUGAUAUCACCUCAGCACUAGUCACGAUCCUCCAACGGUCAAACUUCCCGUACAAGGAACUGGAUCUGGCCAGAAGUCAAGAUUGGAUAAUGAUGGAUAAUCUGAAGAACAAAAUCUGCACUCUGGAAGAGCAUCUGGUCGCUAAUACCCCUUGGGAUUUCUACGUGCUGAAGACGGAAGGGUUGACACAGAAAUAUGUGUUUAGGACGUAUGAUGAGAACAUUCUGGCGCCUUUAAUAUUCUUCGACACUCGUUUGAUAGAUUUCAAAGAGAAAAAGGGUCAUGGAAAAUUCAGGCUCUGGGGGAUCUCCGAUGAUAAAGUGACGGAUGACCUGACUUCAAGCUAUGAAGAGCCGACCGGAGCAAUGAAAGCUUGUACAACUCACCUUCUACCGCCCCCUCCUGCUGCCGAAAUUGCUCCAAUCGAUAAUUCCGAGACAAACAAUGGAGACGGGGAAGACAAGCCGAACGCCAGUCAGACUGGUCAUGCUACACCCGAAGUGAAGACAACCAAAGAAUCGACUCCUGCGCCUGUCCCCGCCCCAAGCCACUCGCAGACUUCCACAAGCUCAACCCCUGUGCCGGAGAGAACGGCGCCCUCAGUCACUCCUGUACCUGCUACCACAAAUGACCAACCUGCUCCCCCCAAACCUGCUGUGCCCGAGCUAUCAGCUCAGCAGAUCAUCACUGAAGCAUCCAAAUCGCCGUUGGACGCUGCGAUCGCUGCUUCCAUCUCAAUGGCUGGAACGGAGAAUAAAGCGAAGACUGCAGCUAAUAGUAUACUGUUGAUCGGAGGAGGUUCCGCUUUGAAAGGUCUAGGAGGCUUCAUCGCUGACAGGUUACCCCCUCUCCUCCGACAAAAAGGAUUUCCGAUAUCGGACGUAUCCAUCGUUCCUCCACCACGUAAUCUGAACCCCAGAUACGUGAGCUGGAAAGGUGCUUCGGUGAUGUGUAAUUUGGAGAGUCUGAGUGAUAUGUGGAUUAGAAGAGAUGAAUGGGAAGCGAUAGGUACGAGGUCUCUGAAAGAUCGGUAUCUGUUCUAUUAA